AUGAAGGUCAUUGUCGCCGUUGCUGCCCUUGUGGCCGUUGCCCAAGCCAAGAUCGCGAGCUCGGUCCUCCGCGAACUCGAAACCACGGGCUCGUCCUCGGUCAUGGUGACCUUUAAGAAGGACGCGACCGAGUCGCUCGAGAACUACGAGCUCAUUGCCAACCCGGCCGAGCGCCGUGAAAAGUUCGUCGAGGCCGCGACGAUCGAAGCGACCAAGCGCGCGUCGGCGCUCGCCGAUGCCAUCGGUGCCGGUGCCGAAGUCAAGAGCUUCUGGAUCGCACCCGUCGUCUCGAUCAAGAACGCCAACAAGGCCACGCUCGACAAGGUCGCGUCGCUCAACAACGUGGUCAAGGUCGAGUCCAUCCACAACAUCAAGCUCACGUCGGUCAUCAAGGGCAAGGAGGACUCGCCCGCCGACAACAGCCGCCCGACUGGCAUCCAGUGGGGUGUCGACACGGUCGGUGCGCCCGCGAUCUGGAAGUACACCAAGGGCAAGGGUGUCGUCAUCGGCUCCAUUGACACGGGUGUCCGCCACACGCACGAAGCCAUCAAGUCCAAGUGGCGCUCGGCCGUGACCGCGCUCCCCGAAGAUCUCGGUGGCCACGGCACCCACACCAUCGGCACCAUGGUCGGCGACUACGGCAUCGGUGUUGCCCCCGAGGCGCAGUUCAUUGCUUGCCGCGGCUUGUACAUUGACAGCGGUGACGACGAGGCGCUUCUCAAGUGCGCCGAGUUCAUGGUGUGCCCGACCAAGCCGGACGGCUCGGACCCGGACUGCACCAAGGGCGCGGACCUCGUCAACAACUCGUGGGGCGGUGACGCCAACUCGAGCCCGUGGUUCGCCGACGUCAUUGACGCGUGGCACAUGGCCGGCGUGACGCCGAUCUUUGCCAACGGCAACGAAGGCCCCGCCUGCGCGACGGCCGGUAACCCGGCCAGCUACCGCAACGUCAUCUCGGUCGGCGCCGUUGGCUCGUACGACGACUCGCCGAACGACCUCGCCUUCUUCUCGUCCAAGGGCCCGGCCCAGUACCAGGAUGCCACUGGCAAGAAGCACACGAUCGUCAAGCCCGAUAUUUCGGCGCCGGGCUUCUUCACGUACUCGGCCAUCAGCGAUAGCGAUAGCCUCUACGACUACUACGCCGGCACGUCGAUGGCGGCGCCGCACGUCGCUGGUGUCGUUGCCCUGAUCAAGUCGGUGCAGCAGGGUCUUACGUACAACCAGAUCUACCGGUACCUGACGACGACGACGGUCAAGGAUGUCUUGACGGCCGAGCCCGAGAAGUGGGUCCUUCGCGACAAGAACAAGACGACCUUCGCCGGCGCGCCCAACUGCGGUGGCGUCUCGGACAAGGCGUGGCCCAACAACCGUUAUGGUUACGGUCGCGUCAACGUCACCAACAUCCUCGCCGGUGGCAAGCUCCCCAACCCCAGCGCGUGCUAAAACGCUCGCGUUGUGCUACCCAUGUCUCGUUUUAUAGUCUGACAUACAAUAUAACUGUGCGUGUAUGAACACCUUGUAAAUUUGC